AUGUAAUUUCCAUUAUGUACAAUAUUAUAAAAGUCCUGAUAAUUUCAUAUUUUUCGUGAUAUACAUUUGUUUAAACUCAAGAGAAAUAAAUUAAAAAGAGUUUUUUGGUGUUUUGACUUAUUUUAUCGGUAUUUUAGCGGUAACGGUAGUAGUGCUGAAUAGGUUUUUUAGCGGUAACGAUAGCAUAGCGAUAACGGUUGCCAACCUUGGGAUAAAUUGAAUAGGCCUUGCAUAAAUUAGUUUAUUAUAUUCCGACUCCUCUGUGAAACCAUAAUUUGUAGCAAUUUGACAACACUGUUUAGAACUGUAGGGUUUAUCAUACAACACAAUUCUAACCUUGUCUUGUAGCAAAUAAAUUUUAAUGUCCCUACGAAAAAUGAAGCUAUUGGUUAAACACAUCAAUCCCACGUCGGGUUCACAUAAUGCGUCUGUAAUUUUUCUACAUGGUUCCGGAGAUACUGGAAGGAAUUUAAUUGAGUGGGUUAGAUUUCUACUGGGUCGUGACAUGGAAUUUCCUCAUAUAAAAGUAAUCUACCCUACCGCUCCAUUUAAGCCAUACACUCCACUUGGCGGCCAAAUGUCAAAUGUCUGGUUUGAUAGGGAAUCCAUAUCUAUUGAAGCAACUGAAAAUCGCCAGAGUUUAGAAGAUAUUUAUCAAAAUGUCAAUGAAAUGAUCAACGCAGAAGUUUCACAAGGUGUACCCGUUAACCGAAUUAUAGUUGGUGGCUUCUCGAUGGGUGGAGCUUUAGCAAUGCAUGCCGGAUAUCAUUUGAACAAUAAGCUGGGCGGCGUUUUCGCAUGUUCCUCAUUUUUGAAUCGUAAUUCAAUUGUUUAUGAAUCACUUAAGAACAAUCCAAAAGAUAAUGUUUUACCAGAGCUUAAAAUGUUUCACGGCGGUCGGGACACAUUAGUACCUAUUGAAUGGGGAAAAGAAAGUUUUGAUAACUUGUCGAAACUUGGAGUGAAGGGAACUUUUACUCCUCUGAAAAACACAUUACAUGAACUGAAAAAACAAGAGCUAUUGGAUUUGCAAGAAUGGAUUUUACAAAAAUUGCCACCACUUUAAUAAUUGUGUUAUGUAAAAAUUUGUAUGUGACAAUUAAAAAAUUUAUGUUAAUAAACGAAAAAGUUAAUUUUCUA